AGAACACCAAGAUUUCGGCUCUGCAACUCUAUCCCGCGUCUUUACCACCAACUAUCUAGUCUACGCCGUAAUGCUUGCCACUGAAAGUAAGGUUUUGCCUCGAGAUGAAAGCGCCACAUCAAGGCCUAGGCAACAAAACCUUGAAAGACCUCCAAGCCAUGGCUUAUCAGCUCACGAAGGAGCUAACGUGCCAUGGCUCUUGAUGGGUACAAAUUUGUGAUGAGAUCCGGCGAAGAUUAUGCUCGAGCCAGUUCUUCAGUACGUUACGUUCAAUCUCUGUUGCACAUACUAGUCUCUGUUCCUCUUUUUGCUUGCUCUUUAACACAGCCUGUGCUCCAUUCAAGAUGGAUUCACACGAGAAGAAUCCCUGCCAAAAGGCUGCCGAGCAGGAUCUUUCUCGACUUGAGAGUCAUAUUGUCGGUACAACGCAGCUCGUUGAGCAGGCUGGAACCCGCAGAGCAAUCAAGAGCCGCCAUGCCCAGAUGAUUGCGAUUGGUGGCACUAUCGGAACAGGUCUCUUCGUGGGCUCAGGUCAAGCCCUUGCCAUUGGAGGACCGGGUUUCUUAUUUCUUGCUUAUACACUCACCUCCCUCCUCGUGUAUGGAGUUGUCACUGCUAUCAUUGAGGUCUGCACCUUCCUCCCAGUGUCUGGGAGUUCCAUGGCAUACUAUGGCGCACGUUUUGCAUCACCAUCUCUUGGCUUUGCAUUGAGCUGGCUCUACGUGUAUUCUUUCGGCAUUCUUGUGGCCUACGAGAUCACUGCGGCGGCCAUUGUGAUCAACUACUGGCCAAACAACAUUCACAUAGCUGUGUGGAUCACAAUCAUUCUCGUUGUCAUCGUAGCUCUCAACUUCUCACCUGUCGGUAUCUUCGCCGAAUCAGAGUUCUGGUUCGCCGGUAUCAAAGUCAUCAUGCUUGUAGGCCUACUUCUUGUAUCUAUUAUCCUGAUGCUAGGCGGAGGACCAUCCGGCGACCGCAUUGGUUUUCGAACGUGGAACGAUCCAGGCGCAAUCAAGGAGUAUAUUAUAGGAGGUGCUAGCGGGCGAUUCACUGCCUUUCUUUACGUCUGGGUCUUCUCCGGCUUCUCGUUCUACUUCGGACCUGAGCUAAUCAUCACAACCAGUGGCGAAAUGUACCACCCACGCAAGAACCUUCCGAUUGCCAGUCGACGCUUCUUCUAUCGGCUUGCGUUCUUCUACGUGUUCGGUGCUCUAGCCAUUGGCGCAAUCUGCCGUUCUGACGCUCAGGGUCUUACAUCUGGAGCUGGGAAUGCCAAUGCGAGUCCUUGGGUCAUUGCCAUCCGCAAUGCCGGCAUUUCAGCGCUUCCCUCUAUCGUCAAUGGCGGAAUCCUCACCAGCGCUUGGUCUGCCGGCAAUUCUUUUCUGUACAUGUCGAGUCGCUCUCUUUAUUCCGCAGCCCUCGCCGGCAAUGCCCCGAAGGUCUUCAAAAGAUGCAAUUCCUACGGCCUCCCUAUCUAUGCCGUCAGUGCGACAUCACUUUUCUCACUUCUUGCCUACCUCAGCGUCUCCUCUUCCGCAGGUACCGUCUUCAAUUGGUUCAUCAGCCUCACCAACACCGCAGGGUACACCUCGUGGAUCGUAUGCUGCAUCAUCUUCAUGCGCUUUCGAAAGGCCUGUACAGCGCAACAUAACAGUGUGCCCUACCAGUCGAAGAUCCAGCCAUACGGUGCCACACCAUCCUUUCCCGUUCGUCCCAUUGAGCGCAUCGACUGCAAUGGCAUGACUGAUAUUGGCCUCACAAACCGGACACAGAUACGCUGUUUGCCUCACAUCCUCUUUCAUCCCUGCGGUAUCCUGCAAAUUGCACACAUAGGACACGCAAUGGUCGAAUGCGAAGUAAUGCGCGAUUUCAUGGCUCACAGUCCUUGCCAAUCUUGGGGACCAGAGUGGGUCUUCGUUCUCUCGAUAUCCAUCAGUACACAGCUAGAUAGAGGCGUCAGUCAAGACUAUAGGGCCCGGGAAGAAUGUGCUGCAGUCAGCGGAGUGUAACCACCCAGACGCAGAUCGACAACCUCCAGACUUACAUGGUACAAGCAAAGUGUUCGAAACACUACAAUGAGGCUUUCUUUCACAACAACUUAGCCAGCUCCGUCAGCCCGAAAGGGUUCACAAUGAUAUGUCUAAUUGUUAUCAAUAUUCACAGAGACACGAGAUAUCUGGGAUGUUCGUUCCAGUUCCUGCACAAGCUGGCUGUUGACGGGUUUACAGGAGGGGACCCCAAAAAAUCUUUAGAAAAGAGGUAAGGGACAUGAAAACUGUGAGGGAGAGGGUUUUAACUUCGAAGUAGAGUAGGUGGGAUGUUGAGGCACAAGGGAGAGAAUGGAUUGGCGUGAGAUAAUAUGACAUACGAUACAGAGCGACGAAGGGCUAGACCACAACACCAAUUUCUACUCUAGUGGCCCCGUCAAAUCUACUCCAGCG